UCCAACAGCUACCGCAAUGGCCGCUAAGCCGGAUUCGGUUUUCGAUGGCAAACUCAAGGAGACGAUUGAGACUGAGGCGAAAGCCAAGAAACGCUGGAAACGGAAAUGGGCCGCCAUGUCGACGAGGGAAUUUUACGAGGAGAUAAUCCGCCAGGAAACGGUCCGCUUCGGUUUAGACCCGGAGUUUUACUUUGAAUGGGUCAGAAAGAACCAAGAUUUGAAGAAGAUAACCAGCUCUGUUCACAUCAAGCCAUCGCCGCCAGUUCCAGCUCAAAGCUCACAAAUGAUAGGUUGGAGGAGUAUGCCAGAACACACCCUCGAGAUAGCUGGGCCGUUUUUCGUCUCCAGGAAGGACACGAUGACACUACAAGGAAGAGAGCCAAAAGAGGAACACGAUUUCAUAAUGUUGGGUUAAAUUCGCAGU